UUCGCUGUGUUUGUUGUUGUUGUUGUCGUUGAGCAGAAAAAGUGGAGCAGUCCGACAUCUUUGAAACAAGCAGAGAAUCUCGUCGUUAUGUGUGAACUCUGAGUUUGCUCGUCCAGGAUUUGUUUUUUUGAGACAGUCAACAACUCGAGGGAUCAGUGGUCUACAUCUGCGUUUGUCCUGUUUUAGGCGGAAUCCAUUUCUUAGCUUUUGUUUAAAGAUGGGUAGUCAGUACCAGCGCACAGUACCACUAGAGGUGAGGAGAGCAGAGGGAGAGAGAGUUCGGGCCAAACACCCUGACAAGAUCCCAAUCAUUGUGGAGCGGGCCUCGAGGUCACGAGCCCCUGAACUGGACAAGAAGAAAUACCUAGUGCCCUCAGAUCUAACAGUGGGCCAGUUGUGCUUCCUCAUCCGCCAGCGCGUGUCUUUGAGACCGGAGGAAGCGCUCUUCUUCUUCGUCAACAACUCCCUUCCCCCAUCCAGUUCCCCUCUCUCUGCCGUAUAUGAGGAGCACCAUGAAGAGGACCUGUUUCUCUACAUGACCUACAGUAAUGAGAGCGUGUAUGGUGCCUGAGAGAGGACAAAAGACUGGAGAAAGAGACAGAGAGCCAAUGAGAAGAUGUGACCGUCUGAGGAAUAAACUUAAGGCCAUUUGUAUUGUUUCCCUCUCACUAUUACUCUAUGAUAUUUAGUUCUGAUAAGUAACGACAGUACAUGGUGGAAGAAAGACAUUUUCCUGGGGGACAUUAGCCUUUAUCAGUAUUUUGGGGUUGAGCAUCAUGUGUUUUAUUAAACUUCAUGUUAUGUUGAUAGCUGACGUGGUGAAAGAAGAAGAAAGGAAGUUUGAAAAAGAAAGACAAAAACAUAUAAAAGGAAGUUUAUUAAAAUUAUGUUGAGAGCUCUCGUUAUCUUUCUCAGUCACCUGUAUUUAAUGCAAAUAGUAUUUUUUGUUUCUUUUGUAAAUUAAUGUUGAACUUUUGUGAAAAAUAAAGAGGAAAAUACAAAAA